AUGCCUCCCCAAAACCAAGCCGCCUGGCUCACCGCCGCCAAAGCCAAGCCCCUCCGUGUCGGCCCCGCCCCCUACCCAACCCCGGGGCCAGGACAAAUCGUGAUCCGCAACGGCGCGGUCGCCAUCAACCCGGUGGACUGGCAAAAGCAACUCCUCGGCGACGUGCUGCUCAGCCACAUCAACUACCCAUUCAUCCAGGGCGGCGACGCGGCCGGCACGGUCGUCGAGGUCGGUCCGGGAGUGUCGGGCGCGUCCCCGCGCUUCCGCGUCGGCGACCGCGUCGUCGGCGUCGCCCUGUCCAUCCUCGAGUCCGUCAACGACGCUGCCGAGGGCGCCUUCCAGCUUUAUCCUGUUUUGCGCGACCACAUGGCCGCGCCGCUGCCGCGCGCCCUGCCCUUUGAGCAGGCCUGCGUGCUCCCGCUCGCGCUGACCACCGCAGCGUAUGGGCUGUUUCAUGAGGAGUUUUUGGGGUUGGAUAUGCCCACCGUGCCGGCGCGCAGGGCUGUCGGGCCCGGGGGCAAGCCCAGGGCGGUGAUUGUCACCGGCGGGGCGACGAGUGUGGGGAGCAAUGGGGUGCAGCUGGCCGUGGCGGCCGGGUAUGAGGUGAUCUCGACGGCGUCGCCCAAGAACUUUGACUAUGUCAAGAAGCUGGGCGCGCGGCACGUGUUCGACUAUCAGGGAGAUGCUCCCACGCUGGUUGCCGGGAUUGUCGCCGCCUUGGAGGGCCGCUCCCUGGCGGGCGCGCUGGCUACCGGAGAGGGCGCCGUCGAGAUGUGUGCGGCGGUUAUGGAGCGUCAUGCCGACACGACGCACAGGUUCAUCGCGUCGGCGAACCCGCCGCCGGCUGGUGUUUCGGGAGCGCAGGCCAGGUUCAUUGAUAGCAGGGAUGCCUGUGAGCCGGACGGCCGUGUGGCACGUGUGUGGAUGGACUUCAUGCCGCGAGCGCUGGAGGAGGGCCAAUUUGUCGCCGCACCGGGACCGCUUGUUGUUGGAAAGGGCCUGGAGAAGAUUCAGGAGGCGAUGGACCUGCACAUGCAGGGGGUGUCCGCCCAGAAGGUGGUUGUGUCUUUGGACUAA